ACUUUUGUUACACAGGGGGUUGAAGGACUUUGCACUGGGGUUUUGUGUUUCCUCAUGUGGAUAAAUUGAAAUAGUGGUUGAAUAAAACAUUUAAAUCUAAUUGGCGAAAAGUUAAUAUAACGUCUAUUUUUAUUAGAUCUAUGGCCGGCCUAGCAACCUGGUACUAGAUCUAGAUCUAGAUUUUAGAUCUAGACUUUAGACUUAGACGCUUGAUCUAAUUUACGGGUAUAUAUUAGAAAUGCCUCGAUCUAAUCCUGUUGAUCCAUAUCUAGAUCCACGCAAAGAUCUUGAUAUAGAACUAGAGGAAGUAUCGAAAGAUCAAGCUAACAAACUGAGUGAAUAUCAUGCACAAUAUCAAACAAAUUUCACAGAUGACAAAGUUAAUGUGUUUCUACAUACAAGCCAAUUAAGGAAUGACAUUGACGGACUAAAAAAUUAUACACAAGAAUUAGUGCAAGAAAAUGAAAGACUUCACCAAGAUUUGAGUGAUUUAGUUCAGAAAAAUUUAUUAUCUGGUCACGGUGCUGGAGAUGGUGAUAGAGAUGAAGUAAAAAUAAUUCAAAAUCUACAUCAACAAAUUAAUUUGGCAUUACAGGAAAAAGAAGCAGCUCAGGAUAAAUGGAGAGAAGCAUUAGAAGAAGUUGACCGGCUUGAAGCUACAUUAGAGAUGGAAAAAGAAAAUCACCAAUGGAAAGUUGUAGAACAGCAAGCCAAUCAGAUCAAAGCACAGUAUCAAGAAUCUAUGACUAAUCUCAACAGUGAAAUGGAGUCAUUGCGUGUUGAGCUCAGAGAAAGCCAUGCUGACAACAGUGAACUAAGACAGAAAGUAUCAGAGAUGAAACUUACUCUGGGUGAACUACAACAACAACUGAUAUGCAAGGCCCAGGAAAAUGCAGAUUCCCUUUUCAAAGAGAGUAGGUCAGACAGCAAGGUGUAUGAACUGAAACAAAAUAUGGAUUACCUCAAUCAAAGGUUAUUAGAUAUGAUUCAUGAAUCUGAGGAAGUCAAAAAAGAAAAUGCUAGUUUGUCAACACGUGUUAUGGAUUUACAAUGUCAAUUAAAAGAAAGCAAAAUGCAAGAAAAUGAAGCAGUUUCACAGCUGAAAAAUUCUGUUCACAUGGCAGAGACAGCAAUCAUUGAAAAAGAUCAGUGGGGAAUUCUCCUGAAAAAAAGAGAUGAAGAUCUGGAGCAAGUUAAAGCAGUAUUAGCCAAUGUGAUCAACAAGGCUGGUGAAAGAACUAGACAAGAAGUUGAUAAUGUGAAAAAGGCAUGUAAUCAUCGCAUUACUCAAUUAACAGAAGAACUGCAUAGACUAGAAAUGGAAAGUGCAGAAAAGCAAAUACGCCUUGACAGACUUUUAAGAGACAAAAGAGCCAUUGAAGCAGAGCUACAACAGCUUUCUAAAGAUGGUGCUGCUGAGGGCUUGAAAUAUAAAGAAGAAAAUCAGCAUCUCAAUAAGCGAAUUAUAGAGGCUGAAAGAGCUAGAGAUGAAGUGACUUUGCAGCUAGAAAAGUUACAGAGUCAUUGUGACAAACUAGAUCAAGAUAACAAACAAAUGAAACAGAAUAUGCAGAUAGGGGCUAAGAAGUUUCAAGACAGACUUUCUCAGAUACAAUCUGAGUUUGAAGUGAUUAGUGAGGAUAAAAUUAACCUUAUAGAUAAACAAAAUGAAUUGAACAAGAAGGUUUCUAUAGUUGAACAAGAAAGAGAUAUAGCUAUUAACAAGUUUAACAAAGAGCUGGCACUUGUUGAACAAGAUCACCAUGUCAGAUUUAGAGAGUUAGAAAUCAAACUUCAAACAACUGAAGAUUCUAAAAGGCAAACUGUUGGGGAAUUAAGGCGAUUGCUAACGGCACAACAAAGAAUGAAUGCCAGGUGGAAAGAAGAAUGCCAAACACUAACUCACAAAUUUGAAGCUACAUUAGAGAAUCUACGCUCAGAGCUAGCAAGUGUUAAGAUCCGUAAUGAAAACUUAACAUCACUUUUAAGAGAGAGUCAAAUAAAAACUGAAGAGGCUGAGAAAGCUCUGUUCCUUUAUGCACAAAAUAUUAGAAGAAUGGAAGAUCGAGUCAAAGAAGCUGAAUUACGAGCUGGUGAUGUUAUUAAACAAUUGGCAAGCAAGAAGAAGAUAAUAGAAAGGACUCAAGAAUCAUAGUAAAUAUAGGAAAAUAUGCAGUUCAAAGAAAAUUAUCUGACAAGAGUGAAAGAGUGUGGACAUUUUGAAAAGAAAAUAUCAAGUUUUUAAUUUGAUAGAUGACAAUGAUGGUUUUAUUUAUGUCAUCAAAACUAGAUCUGUUAGUCUUGACAUAAUUAUGUAUUGCAUAUCAGUCAUGUUAAAUAGUUUUACUAUUAAAUAUUAUUUUAGUAUU